UCGUAUUAAUCGACGCUUAAAAUGAAUGAUCCACAGUAGCAUUAAACAAAUCUAAAAUUAAAAGGACCUCCAAGAAAAUGGGAGAACUUUCUGCCAUUGUGUACAUGACCGUGGCUCUGCUAAUCCUUUUCAUCAUCUCUUAUUCCCCCAAGAAACACCCUGCCGACAACCGCCGCCGCCUCGUCAAGCUCCGCUCUUCCUUCAGCUUCAGCAACCCUGCCCGUCACGAGCCUGUCGCUUUUGAUCCACUCGUCGCCAAGAUCGAGCGCCGCCGUGAAGACAAUCAGUGGGAGAAGCAGUACGUGGAGCAUUCCCGCCCCGACUAUUUACAAUACCCCGAACCCGCUGAAGAAUCGCAGCCUGAGACCGAAGAUUAUUUGAAUGAUGAGGACAAGUUCAAUGUUACCAAUAGGUUGGUGUUGCUGUUUCCCAAGAUUGAUGUCGAUCCGGCAGAUGGUUUUGUGACUGAGAAUGAAUUGAUUGAGUGGAAUUUGCAGCAGGCUAUGAAAGAAGAGUGGUUCAGGAGUUUGAGGGAGAUGGAAAUUCAUGACAAAAACAAUGAUGGGUUAGUUUCGUAUGCAGAGUACGAAGCUCCCAGUUGGGUGAAGAAUGACUACGCAUCUUUUGGUCAUGAUAUGGGCUGGUGGACAGAAGAACAUUUUUAUGCAUCAGAUGCCGAUGGCGAUCAUGUAUUGAAUUUAACCGAGUUCAAUGACUUUAUGCACCCAGCUGACAGUAAAAAUCCAAAGCUGCUUCAAUGGUUAUGCAAAAAGGAAGUAAGGGAAAGAGAUGCAGACAAAGAUGGGAAGGUUAACUUUGAUGAAUUUUUUCAUGGUGUAUUUGACUUGGUAAUAACCCAUGAUGAAGAAGGUCAUAACUCUUUUCAUCCAUCUGAUUACUCAAUGGACGCCGAGACCCCAGCUAAACAGAUGUUUAGCCAACUUGAUAAAGAUGGUGACAGAUUAUUGUCAGAUGAAGAGUUACUACCAAUAAUUGGGAAACUUCAUCCAUCAGAGCAGUACUAUGCUAAACAACAAGCAGAUUACAUCAUAUCGCAGGCAGAUUUGAAUAAAGACGGUCGCUUAAGCUUAGUUGAGAUGAUUGACAACCCGUAUGUAUUUUACAGUGCCAUCUUCAAUGAUAGUGAAGAUGACUAUGAAUACCAUGACGAAUUCCGCUAAUUGCUAAUUUCAUGAGUGGAGACAAAAGGCAGCAAUAGAAUUCAAAUUCUUUUCUAGCAAUUGUUUAUGCUUCAUAAACUUUCUUACCGAUACCCAUGGUUAAGGGCCUUAGCUUGUUCGAAAGGUGGUUUCACCAUUGAAGCUGGUUCUUGGAAUUUCAUCUUUCUGGCAUACAUUUGUUAAUUACAGUAGACUGAUGUUUUUAAUGCAUUAAAGUUUUUUCAAGUCUAAAA